CAGAAAUUUCCUUAAGGAGGAGCUUCUCAUCCUUUAUCUGGUUCCCUUUCCUUCAACCAAUUUGAGAUCCGCGACGCACAUUAGAUCCGAUCCGAAAUGUACGGAUUUGAAGCUCUCACUUUCAACAUCCAUGGCGGCUUUCUCGAGGCUAUCGUCCGCGGCCACCGCGCAGGUCUCCUCACUACCGCCGAUUACAACAACCUCUGCCAAUGCGAAACCCUAGAUGACAUCAAGAUGCACCUCUCCGCCACCGAGUACGGCCCUUACCUCCAAAACGAACCUUCUCCACUGCAUACCACCACGAUUGUGGAGAAAUGUACUCUUAAGCUGGUUGAUGAUUACAAGAACAUGCUAUGCCAAGCCACAGAACCCUUGUCAACUUUUUUAGAGUAUAUCACUUAUGGUCACAUGAUAGACAAUGUUGUUUUGAUUGUUACUGGCACUUUGCAUGAGAGAGAUGUUCAAGAAUUACUCGAAAAAUGCCAUCCACUCGGCAUGUUUGACAGUAUUGCUACUCUGGCUGUUGCUCAGAAUAUGCGGGAGCUUUACAGGUUGGUUCUUGUUGACACUCCUCUAGCUCCGUACUUCUCUGAGUGCAUUACAUCAGAGGACUUGGAUGAUAUGAACAUUGAAAUAAUGAGGAACACUCUUUACAAGGCAUACCUUGAAGACUUCUACAGAUUUUGUCAGAAACUUGGUGGUGCCACAGCUGAGAUAAUGUCUGACCUUCUAGCUUUUGAGGCUGAUAGAAGGGCUGUGAAUAUUACCAUAAAUAGCAUUGGUACUGAACUGACGAGAGAUGACCGUAGAAAAUUGUACUCUAAUUUUGGUUUGCUAUACCCAUAUGGUCAUGAGGAACUUGCUAUCUGUGAGGACAUUGAUCAGGUUCGUGCUGUCAUGGAAAAAUACCCCCCCUAUCAAUCUAUUUUUGCUAAGCUAUCAUAUGGUGAAAGUCAGAUGCUUGACAAGGCAUUCUAUGAGGAGGAGGUGAAAAGGCUUUGCUUGGCGUUUGAACAACAGUUUCAUUAUGCUGUGUUCUUCGCAUAUAUGAGGUUAAGGGAACAGGAGAUCAGGAAUUUAAUGUGGAUUUCAGAAUGUGUUGCUCAGAAUCAGAAGUCCAGAGUUCAUGACAGUGUUGUCUUCAUAUUUUAGUCGGAUUGCUCGUUAUAGUUUGUAUGUUCGUUGGGAUAAUUUGUUGACUUUCUGCAUUCGCCAUCUGGGUUGUCAUUUGUAGACACUAGACAGCGACCGUUCAGAAGAUUGAGAUAAAAAUAAUUAAUCUUAUGCUGAUAAGAUCUUCUGUAAUAUGGAAGGAAGAUAUUUAUAGUCGACUUUGAUUGAAAUAUGUUCAGUUUUAAAGAUCUUAAGAUUCAAUUUGUAUGUUGUGAAUUUUACAGUAAAUAUUUCUAUGCAAUAAACCUGCUAGCUGGGUCUAUGUA